UUGAAGAAGUCCCUUUGGAGCAUCUAGCGUUCUCCUGGAGUUAUUCGAAAGCUGAAACUUUCAGUGGAUUGUGGGCCUGGGGAGAAGAAGGGAUUCCGAGGGUGGGACUGGGAAGGGCGUGUGCACGCUCCUGUGUUGAGGGGUGGGGGCGUCGGUGGGGAUUCGGUGAAGAAGGCACACCAUGGCAGUUGCCAGCGAGGCCGCCCGAAAGAGGGACGAGCCGGCCCACGGCUGGGAGAGUCAAGCCCCGGUAGCUGGCCCGGACUGCCACCGUCGUGCGGAUCCCCCAUUGCCUCAGGGCUCGGGCUGCGGCGGCUGCUGGGGAGACCUGGUGCUGCAGCCGCUCCGGCGCUCCCGGAAACUUUCCUCGGCUCUGUGCGCGGGAUCUCUUUCCUUUCUGCUGGCUCUGAUGGUGAAGCUGGUCCGCGGGGAGAUCGGCGGUGAGCUGGAGGAGAGUAAGGAGGCGGCAGCAACCGAGGAGGAGGAGGAAGCUGUCCCGGGAGCUGAAGGGGGCGUCUUCCCUGGCCCUCGGGGAGGUGUUGCCGGGGGCGGCGCGCCGCUCAGCCCUUGGCUGCAGCCCUCGGCACUACUCUUCAGUCUCCUAUGUGCCUUCUUCUGGAUGGGCUUGUACCUCCUGCGCGCCGGGGUGCGCUUGCCUCUGGCCGUCGCGCUGCUGGCCGCCUGCUGCGGGGGGGAAGCGCUCGUCCAGAUUGGGCUGGGCGUCGGGGAGGAUCACUUACUCUCGCUCCCGGCCGCGGGGGUGGUGCUCAGCUGCUUGGCCGCCGCGACAUGGCUGGUGCUGAGGCUGAGACUGGGUGUCCUCAUGAUCGCUUUGACUAGCGCGGUCAGGACCGUGUCCCUCAUUUCCUUGGAGAGGUUCAAGGUCGCCUGGAGACCUUACCUGGCAUAUUUGGCCGGCAUACUGGGGAUCCUUCUGGCCAGGUACGUGGAGCAGAUCUUACCGCAGUCCUCGGGGGCGGCUCCGAAGGAGCAUUUUGGGUCCCAGCUAAUUGCUGGGACCAAGGAAGAUAUCCCGGUGUUUAAGAGGAGGAGGCGGUCCAGCUCCGUGGUGUCCGCCGAGAUGUCAGGCUGCAGCAGCAAGUCUCAUCGAAGGACCUCUCUGCCCUGUAUACCAAGGGAUCAGCUCCUGGGACACUCAGAAUGGGACCACAAACGAGGGUCACGGGGAUCACAGUCUUCAGGAACCAGUAUUACUGUGGAUAUUGCUGUGAUGGGCGAGGCGCAUGGCCUCAUUACCGACCUCCUGGCAGACCCUUCUCUGCCCCCAAAUGUGUGCACGUCCCUGAGGGCCGUGAGCAACCUGCUCAGCACGCAACUCACCUUCCACGCCAUUCACAAGCCCAGGGUGAAUCCUGUAGUUUCCUUCAGUGAAAACUACACCUGCUCUGAUUCUGAAGAGAGCUCUGAAAAAGACAAGCUGGCUAUUCCCAAGCGCCUCAGAAGAAGUUUGCCCCCUGGUUUGUUGAGACGAGUUUCAUCAACUUGGACAACCACCACUUCGGCCACAGGUCUGCCCACCUUGGAGCCUGCCCCGGUUCGGAGGGACCGUAGUUCCAGCAUCAAGCCUCAUGAUGCACCUUCUCCCAGUGCUAUUAAUUCAGAUUCUUGGAAUAACCCAGUGAUGAUGACCCUCACCAAAAGCAGAUCCUUCACUUCAUCCUAUGCUGUUUCUGCAGCUAACCACGUAAAGGCUAAAAAGCCAAAUCGACCAGGUGCCCUCGCUAAAAUUUCACCUCUUUCAUCGCCCUGCUCCUCGCCUCUCCAAGGGACUCCAGCCAGCAGCCCUGUCAGCAAAAUUUCCACAGUGCAGUUUCCAGAAUCUGCUGACACAACUGCCAAACAAGGGCCAAGUUCUCACAGGGCCUUAACCUGUACUCAGAGUGCCCCUGACCUGUCCCCUCAGGUCCUGACUCCACCUGUUAUAUGUAGCAGCUGUGGCAGACCAUAUUCCCAAGGGAAUCCUGCUGAUGGGCCCCUGGAGAGAGCUGGCACAACCACUCUGACACCAAGCAGAACAGAUGACACUGCCCAAGUUACCUCUGAUUAUGAAACCAAUAACAACAGUGACAGCAGCGACAUUGUACAGAAUGAAGAUGAGGCCGAAUGCCCAACAGAGCCACUGAGGAAAACAUCAGCUUGUGGCACCUACACUCCAGAGGCCAUGAUAUUCCUGGACAAACCAAUUCUUGCUCCUGAACCUCUAGUCAUGGAGAACUUGGACUCAAUUAUGGAGCAGCUCAAUAGUUGGAAUUUUCCAAUUUUUGAUUUAGUGGAAAAUAUAGGAAGAAAAUGUGGCCGUAUCCUUAGUCAGGUAUCAUACAGACUUUUUGAAGAUAUGGGUCUCUUUGAAGCUUUUAAAAUUCCAAUUAGAGAAUUUAUGAAUUAUUUUCAUGCUUUGGAAAUUGGAUACAGGGAUAUUCCUUAUCACAACAGAGUCCAUGCCACUGAUGUCUUACAUGCUGUUUGGUAUCUUACUACCCAACCUAUUCCAGGCCUCUCAACUGUGAUUAAUGAUCACGGAUCAGCAAGUGAUUCAGAUUCUGACAGUGGAUUUACACAUGGACAUAUGGGAUAUGUAUUUUCAAAAAUGUAUAGUGUGCCAGAUGAUAAGUAUGGAUGUCUGUCGGGGAAUAUUCCUGCCUUAGAGCUCAUGGCACUGUAUGUUGCUGCAGCCAUGCACGAUUAUGAUCACCCUGGAAGGACUAAUGCUUUCCUGGUGGCCACUAGUGCCCCUCAGGCGGUGCUAUACAAUGAUCGUUCAGUUCUGGAGAAUCAUCACGCAGCUGCAGCUUGGAAUCUUUUCAUGUCCCGGCCAGAGUAUAACUUUCUAGUUAACCUUGACCAUGUAGAAUUCAAGCACUUCCGUUUCCUUGUCAUCGAAGCAAUUUUAGCCACUGAUCUGAAGAAACACUUUGACUUUGUAGCCAAAUUUAAUGCCAAGGUGAAUGAUGAUGUUGGAAUAGAUUGGACUAAUGAAAAUGAUCGUCUAUUGGUUUGUCAAAUGUGUAUAAAGUUGGCUGAUAUUAAUGGACCAGCCAAAUGUAAAGAACUCCAUCUUCAGUGGACAGAGGGUAUUGUCAAUGAAUUUUAUGAACAGGGUGAUGAGGAAGCCAGCCUUGGGCUGCCCAUAAGCCCCUUCAUGGAUCGGUCAGCUCCUCAAUUGGCCAAUCUUCAGGAAUCCUUCAUCUCUCACAUUGUGGGUCCUCUGUGCAAUUCCUAUGACUCAGCUGGACUCAUGCCAGGAAAAUGGGUGGAAGAUAGCGAUGAGUCAGGAGACACUGAUGACCCAGAAGAUGAGGAGGAGGAAGCAGCAGCAACAAAUGAAGAAGAAACCUGUGAAAAUAAUGAAUCUCCAAGAAAGAAAACUUUUAAGAGGAAGAAAAUCUACUGCCAAAUAACUCAGCACCUCCUACAGAACCACAAGAUGUGGAAGAAAGUCAUUGAAGAUGAGCAGCACUUGGUGGGCACAGAAAACCAGUCCCUGGACCAGGCUCCUCAGCAGUACUCCUCAGAGCAGAUCCAGGCCAUCAAGGAAGAAGAGGAGGAGAAAGGGAAACCAAGAGCAGAGGAGAGCCUGGUCCCAGAGCCCAACCUGUGACCAUGAACAGAACAAGCUGUGUUUCCAAACUAAUUUGUCACAGACUUUUUUCAAGCCAGCACAACACUUAGACACAACACUGUAGAAAUAUGAGAAGAUGGGCAAAUGGCUAUUGCAUUUUGGGAUUCUUCGCAUUGUAUGUGUUUAUUUUUACAGUGAGGUACCUUGUCGAAAAACUCUUGCUCAGAGAAGCUUUCACAUUUGCAACACCAGCUUCGACAGAUUUUUUUUUUAAGGAGGAUAUAUUAUAUAUGUGUGUGUAUAUAUAAGGUCCCACGUAGAAACAUGUACAAACCUUCACACACAUGUGCGUAUACACACAAACACACUGAAAGCCAGGAUCUCUGGCUCCACAAUUAAGUAACAUUCAUAUUAAGAAAUAUAGUGGUCACUGUGAUAUAAUAAAUCAUAAAGGAAAACAAAUCACAAGGGAAAUGGUGCAGCUUAGCAACGAUGUGGUGCAGCAAAUGUAGGUUACCAACUAAGCAGCUUUAGCUCUUCAUACUGAGGGAUGAAAGUUCCAGAGCAUUAUUUGGAUUCUGAUACAUCCUGCCAACACCGUGUGUGUGUGUGUGUGUGUGUGUGUGUGUGUGUGUGUGAGAGAGAGAGAGAGUGUGUAUUAGUUGAAAGAGUGCUUGUAUGCAUGUGUGUGCGUAUGUAAAGAGUUUUGCGGGUUUAGUAGUUUGUAGAAUAGCUGUAGCAGAUGUCUCAGUACAUGUGAACAAGAGAAGGAAGUUCACUCUGGAGUGUCUUUGAAAGGCAGUCAUUCCAAAUGCCCUCCUCCAAUUUAGCUUUAAUUAAGGCCUCUUGGCAGAUGGAGGGCAUUCAUGGGCCAUUUGAUUGAUACUACUGCUAUACACCACUUGGAGGCGCUGUACCACCAGCCUCAAACCUGGAAGACGGAGGCAUUUUCCAGUCUACUAGCCUAAUGAAUGUAUAGGAGCCGUUUGUGAGUGUGUGCACUCACAUAAGAUCAAAACACCAUUUAAGGGAAUGGCAUUCUUUAUACAUAAACACCUAAAAGGAACUGGAGUCAGGUGGUUUCAUCAGGUGAGAGUUCUAAAAGGAUGCCAGAGAAGGCCUGGGAAAUUACAUUUAACAGUGAUCUCCCGUGCCUCCUUAAUUUGCUGCAAAAUGUGUAGUCAAAAAUGAAAAGACAAAUGGAAACCCACUGUGGGUUAUAUAGCAAGAGAUGAGGGAGAAGAUGGCAACCUAGGGUUUGGGCGUUGACAUAAGAAAGCCUGAUCUUGGCAACUUUUAAAGGUUGACUUUGGGGUUGAAGGUCAGGCUGUACCCCCUGUUGUGGUAUUUCUAACGCUGUGCCAUGGGGUAGUUUCCAUCUCAGUCUGGCACAUUGUCAUGCUUUUUGGCAGGGAAGAUUACUGAGGGAUUGUUUAGGGACGGGGCUGUUAUUGAAAGUCUUUUUUUUUUUUUUUUUUUUGGUUGGUUUGUUUAUCUACACUUGUUUAUGCUGUGAGCCAAACCUCUAUUUAAAAAGUUGAUACUCACUUUCAAUAUUUUAUUUCAUAUUAUUAUAUAUGUCAUGAAUAGUUAUCAUGAUGUAAAUAUGAAGAUUUUUUGUUUGUUUCUGUAGAUACUAAACACUUUUUUAAAGAAAAGAAAGGGAAAAGGGAAACAUUUUUAUAAAGUUAUAUUUUAAUCACCAUUUUUAUACAUUGUAGCUAUCUCCAGGUCCAGUAAGAGGGUGUAGUUCAUUGGCAUAGAGGUCUGUGGACAACUGCUCAUCUACCUAUUCUAAUUUAAAAGAUAAUCUGAUAGUUAUUCUUGCCAAUUAAAUGAGGAUGCUGUAAAGAAUUUUUUUUUUUUCCCAGUAGUAACUCUUGCUAACUGAAUGCUAACUAAUUUUGGGUCUUUGCCUCCCAAAUGAAAGACUUUUUAAACCGAUAUCAAAUUGUUGUAAUUGGUGUCCAUUUCUCUCCAAUGUUUUUGGGACUACAACUCUUAGUUCUGUAUACACACUUGCUUGUCACCUAACAAUCUCAGCUUCCAAGAAAACCUUGAUUGUGAUUUCUACUUUUAACUUUUCCUGAAGUCAGAAAGGAGUGUUUACAUGAAAAAUCCCUUUGUUUCUCAUGACUGGAUAGUGUAUUCUUUCCUUCCAAAGCAUGACUUUAUAAUAAUUCAUGGAAUUUUUUCAAAUUAGGUAAAGACAAGGCAAAUUUUUCUAUUAAGUAGGAAAAUGUAAAGAUGAUCAAAUGGAUGCAAACAAUACCUAAAUAAUUAGUAUAUAUUUCAAUUUGUAUUUCUCAGUUAACACCAGGUCAUCGUUAUUUAGCAUUUGCUGAGUUCCCGUUUUCUUAGAAUUGCCUGUGUUUCUCUAUGUUUGCAAAAUGUACUGUGAGUCAAAAACAUUUCCCCAAUAAAGUU